AUGAAGCUCACAGCUUGGACGAGCAUGGCGCUUGCGCUGCCUGCUCUCGCAGACGUUACUACCACGUUGCUCGACGACCUGACUCUGUUCUCGCAGUACAGUGCAGCUGCAUACUGCUCAACCAACCUCAACUCCACGGGCGUUGCUGUAGCCUGCUCAGUGGGCAACUGUCCUCUGGUCGAAGCCGCCGAUACCCAGAUCCUCUACGAUUUUGACGAAUCAUGCAAGUUCGGCGACGCAUCCGGCUUCAUCGCCGUCGACAACACCAACAACCUGAUCGUGCUCUCGUUCCGCGGUAGCCACGAUCUGAGCAACUGGAUCGCAAACCUCGAUUUCUUCCUCGUCGAGACUGCCAGCAUCUGCGAGGGCUGUUAUAUGCACGGCGGAUUCUGGGAAACCUGGCAGACCGUCGCCGUGACCAUCACGGAGCAGUUGGAAGCCGCGCUUACGGCGAACCCUGGAUAUACACUUGUCAUGACGGGACACAGUUUGGGCGCUGCGCUAGCAGCCAUUGCGGCGACGGAGUUUAGGAAUGAGGGUAUUGACGUUGAGCUGUACAACUACGGCCAACCGCGCCUCGGCAACCUCGCACUCGCAGAGUACAUCACCAACCAAACACAAGCCAGCAACUACCGCGUCACACACUCCGACGACAUUGUGCCCAAACUCCCUCCGCGGUUAUUAGGUUUCGACCACUACAGUCCCGAAUACUGGAUCACGAGCGCGAACAAUGUGAGUGUGACUGAUGCCGAUGUGGUGCAAGUGGUUGGCAUUGAUUCGACAGACGGGAAUGAUGGCACCAUUUUGGAUGAUAUUGAGGCCCAUCGCUGGUAUCUUGGGUAUAUUUCCGAGUGCUCGUAA